AACUAACCCAAGCAAAGCAAAGCCAAGCCUCGUCCAGCCCGGCCUUACCCAAGCAAUCCUUCUCCAGUUCUGGUCUUGUAUUUGGCCGUUUCUCUCAUAAACCCUAAGUAAACCCUCAAAAGGCAGGCUUACUUUCAUUUUCAUUCCAUUAAUUCAAUGGCCUCCUCCUCUUCAUCUUGCAGGAAAUUUAUCUCCAAAUCAUCUCUAUCGUCCAUCAAAUCAUCCAUCAGAUCAUCUAAGGCUCCUAAAUCUCCCUCCACCCCCACCAGAUCUGCCACCGCUUCUCACUUCCUUCUCCCAUCCAAACCACCAACCUCCUCUCGAUUCUCCUUUUCCAGGUUAACUCACUCUUACGGAUACACGGCACCAUGUGAGUUGGGAUGCGUUCAGUCGCUGCUGCCACUACACAGCGCGGUGGCGGCGUCGAGGAUGACAUCAUGCUUAAGUACCACAUCCAGGAAUUUCCGAGCGCUCUCUCAGGGCACAUAAUUCAAAGAAAAAAACCGGGGACUUGUUGUCUGCAUCGUUGUCAAGUAUGAAACUAUGAGUGCUUUUUUAAUCAUCUUAAAAAUAUUUGGUUAUAUCAAAAUGGAGGCCUUCGUUCCGUGUUGAUGUAUGCCCAUGUCAAUGCUGCUUUCUAAACUUGUUUGGAUGAUGUUAAACUAGCCCUUAAACGUAACAUGCAUGGGCUUCUCUUGCGUCAGUGUAACUUAGAAGCAACCAGUGUUCUUCUUGAUUUGUUAGAAUCCGCUUUCUGUUUUAUUGGUAAUUUUUUCUGGGAUAGUUUGCGAUCUUUUCAGCUAAACUCAAUUUUUACUUUCUGUACUAAAAGUAUUCAAUCAGAGGAUAACUGGUUUCUACA